AUGUAUUGUAUUCAUUUAGCCAAUGUGUACAGUGGUGUUUAUCCUCAACAAUCGGCGGCUGCUCCAGCUCCAGCUUACGGCGCCCAACAAUAUCAUUCGUAUGCCUCGCAGCCCGGCGUCCAAUACACACCGGAUUCGUUCUAUCCGAAUCAGGCGGCGUUGGUGGCGGCGUCACCGCAGCAGCAGCAGCAGCAGCAGCAAACCUACGCGAGCCCUCAAAUCGAUCAGGCGAAUCUUGCCAAGUACUCGCAGUAUCUCGACAUUCUCCAAAAGGCCUAUGGCAUCCAGCUGCCCGGCGAUUUGACGGCUCCCCAAUCGGCGGUGACGUCGGCGCCGACGCCGACAUACGCCAACGGCGACGCGUUGUAUCAACAGCAGAUGGCCGCCUAUCAGCAACAGCAAUUGGCUUUGCAGCAGCAACAGCAGGCCUAUCAGCAACAGUUGUACCAGCAGCAAUUGGAAGCGCAGAAAUCGCAGUCGCAAUAUGGAAUGCAGCCGAAUCCCUAUGCGGUGGAGCAGACGAAACAGCAGUCAUCGUAUCCGGGAGUUCAGCAGCCCCAGCAGCCCAGCUACCCUGUGCAACAGCCCAGCUAUCCAGUACAGCAACCUCAACAGCCAGCCAAUCCUGUUCAGCAGCCCAGCUAUCCAGUACAGCAGCCCCAGCAGCCCAGCUACCCUGUGCAACAGCCCCAACAGCCCAGCUAUCCAGUGCAGCAACCUCAACAGCCAGCCAAUCCUGUUCAGCAGCCUAGCUAUCCAGUACAGCAACCUCAGCAGCCCAGCUAUCCAGUACAGCAACCUCAGCAGCCCAGCUAUCCAGUACAGCAACCUCAGCAGCCCAGCUAUCCAGUACAGCAACCUCAGCAGCCCAGCUAUCCAGUACAACAACCUCAACAGCCAAGCAAUCCUGUUCAACAGCCGACCUAUCCGCAGCAGCCGCAAGCGCCACAGACUCAAUAUGUGAUGCCGCCGCAGCAGGUCAAGUCGAACUAUCAGACCGCCGCUCUUCAGACGACGGCGGCUCGUCCGCACGUGUACACGUAUCAGGGCAAUGGGCAACAGCAAGGCUAUCAAUCAAGCUCCUACGGGAAUGGUGUCGACGAGGAAGUUGGCGGUAGCGUCGUAUCGCAGCCAUAUGCGCCGACGGCCGCGCCGCGGCCCCAAGUGGUUGUGCCGCCGCGACCCGUCACCAAACCGGCGCCGCCGCCAACCGCCAAAUCGCAAACGACGCGACCGUACACGCCGCCGACGCCACCGCAAACGCGACCAUCGACGACGACAGCGGCGACGAAAUCGACGAAGCCGCCGAAAUCGACGAGCGGCGCCUCGUUGACGCAACAAAUUCGGAAAUUGCCGGCGGUGCUGUACGCCGAUUCGCGGCACGAGAACACCAAGAAAACCGAGACGCUCCUUCGCGACACCUACGGCCUUCCGUUGGUGACGUUCUACGUCGACAAGAAUGAGAAGCCGGCGGCGAUCGAACGACAACUUCAGGGUCUCACCGCGCACAAGGGAUUGCCAUAUUUGUUCAUUUGCGGAACAUUUAUUGGAAGCGAGACCCACAUCGACAAUUAUCAUAGUAAUGGUCAAAUUCCGCAACUCGUCGAGUACGUUUGUGGCGAUGAGAGGAAGAAGCAAAAGAAGACGACGAAAAAGACGGCAUCUUAA